AAGACGGGACGCUCCGACUUCUUCGGUCUGUUUUACUGACAUUGCGGAGGUGGAGAUUUUCAAUCCCACCCAGCCAGACGCAGGCAGGAGGAUCUAGUAAAACUAUCGCAAGAAAAGCUACUCAGAGGAAAUUCCCAGCGGCGGCGGAGGCAGUGGCAGCGGCCACAGCAUGAGCGUGCGGCUGAGCCCGGCGGAGGAUGCCGGCCGGGGUGACAAAGUGAGCAGUAUCGCACUGAAAUACUGAAAAAAAAGCUUCUCACUGAAUUUGCUCUUUUGGGACUUCAGGAUGGAAGCCUUGUGUUCAAGAGUUUCCUUGCUGCUGCUGGUUCCAGGAUUUGUCCUCAGUGACAGCUCUGACAGAUACACUGUCAAUCAGAGUGACUUGGGAAACUACCUUUCCACCUUCUCAGGGAUUGAAUCCAGCAUACUGCUCACCACCAAACAGCCCCUGGUGUCCAACCAAACUGUCAAAUGCUCCCAGCAGACUAAGAUUGCUGAAACUUUUAAAUACAUUAACACAGUGGUAUCUUGUGCUAUUUUCAUCGUUGGAAUGGUUGGGAAUGCAACUCUGCUGAGGAUCAUUUACCAGAACAAGUGUAUGAGGAAUGGCCCGAAUGCACUGAUAGCCAGUCUGGCACUAGGAGACCUUAUCUAUAUUGUCAUUGAUAUUCCUAUCAUUGUGUACAAGCUCCUUGCUCAGAAGUGGCCUUUUGGAGAUUCUGAAUUUGGACAGUUUCUUUGCAAAUUCCUUCCCUUUAUACAGAAGGCAUCAGUGGGAAUCACAGUCCUUAAUCUCUGUGCCCUUAGUGUGGACAGGUAUAGAGCAGUUGCCUCCUGGAGCCGUGUUCAGGGAAUUGGAAUCCCUAUGAUCACUGCUAUUGAAAUUUUCUCCAUUUGGCUUCUGUCCUUCAUACUGGCUAUUCCAGAAGCAAUUGGGUUUGCUGUGGUACCUUUCAGAUACAAGGAUGAAGGUUAUGUUACCUGCAUGCUCAAUCCUACAAAUAAGUUUAUGUUGUUUUACAAAGAUGCAAAGGAUUGGUGGCUGUUUGGUUUCUAUUUUUGCAUGCCCCUGGCAUGUACUGCCAUCUUCUAUACACUAAUGACUUGUGAGAUGUUAAACAGAAGAAACAGCAACUUGAGAAUUGCUCUCAGUGAACACCUUAAGCAGCGUCGAGAAGUUGCGAAGACAGUUUUCUGUUUAGUAGUGAUUUUUGCUCUUUGCUGGUUCCCUCUCCAUUUGAGCCGAAUUUUGAAGAAAAUGGUAUACAAUGAAAGAGAUCCCAGCAGAUGUGAACUGCUCAGUUUUUUGCUGCCAUUGGAUUAUAUCAGUAUCAACCUGGCAACCAUGAACUCUUGUAUAAAUCCAAUAGCUCUGUAUUUUGUGAGCAAGAAGUUUAAAAACUGUUUCCAGCCAGUGGAAGGACAGAGAGCAUAAAUAACACCUAGAGGAAGGUCUUGGAGGUCACAGACUGUUCUUCCAUGCAUGCUCCUUUGUGUUUUCAAUGGUGGCUGCUGCUCCCACUCAAGAACCAAUACGAAGAAAAAAAGUGUUAAAAGAUGUGGCAAUUAUGGUAAGCUGGGGGGAACUAAUUCUGCAAAACUUACUAAGGUACUUAUUUUUUUCAUUCUGUCCUGUUCUUCCCAAUGAUAAUGGUAGGUAUUCCUCUUGGUAUUGAAUCUACCCUAAAUUUUAAAACAGCUACCUACCAAAAGAACCAACAAAAAAAUUUCACAAUUCUGAAAUCCAACCAUGUUUAAUUUUAGCCUUUUCUUUUUCUGCAAAAAAAAAAUAAAUCACCCUGGCAUUUCUCUUUGUGCAUCAAAACCAGUGCAGGUUUAGUUGGGAUUUUGCUCUGCUGUCUCACAGAAGCUGCUUUCUUUUUUUACAUCAGAACAACUUUCCACAAGUCACCUUCCAUAUUUCUUAUUUUCUAGAUAUUAUGUCUGGUGUUUGCAUUCCUCUCAGCUGAACCAAGCUUAGCAUUUUUCUGCCAUUGACAGAAUCUCUGUUCCAGAAGUUUCAGAUUAGUUCUGACACUUUUCAUAACAUUUUUUCAUCAUAACCAAAAUCCAUUUAACUAUCAUAGAAUCAUGGGAUUGUCAGAGUUGGAAAGGACUUCUAGACAUCAUCUAGUCCAGCUCCCCACUAAAGCAGGAUGCCCUACAGCACAUUAAUCAGGACUGCAUCCAGGUGGGUCUUGAAUAUCUUCAGAGAAGGAGACUCCACAACCUCCCUGGGCAGCCUGUUCCAGUGCUCUGUCACCCUCACCGUAAAUAAGUUUUUCCUCAUAUUUAAAUGGACUUUCCUGUGUUCUGCUUGUGCCCAUUGCCCCUUGUCCUGUCACUGGGAACUGCUGAAAAGAGUCUGGCUCCAUUCUCCUUGCACCCACCCCUUAGAUACAUACAGGCAUUAAUAAGGUCUACCCUCAGCCUCCUCCUCUGCAAGCUGAAGAGUCCCAGUUCUCUCAGCCUUUCCUCAUAAAGGAGAUGCUCCAAUCCCCCAGUCAUCUUUGUUGCCCUCCACUGGACUCUCUAGUAGUUCCCUGUCUCUCUUGAACUGGGGCGCCUAGAACUGGACACAGUAUUCCAGAUGUGGCCUUACCAGGGCAGAGUAGAGGGGGAGAACAACCUCUCACCUACUGGCCAAUAUUCUCUUUUGUGGACAUUGUAAUACUCAACUCUUUUCAAUCCAGUCUAAAAUUUCAUUGACUGUUUUCACUUAUACACAGUCCCACAUCUCAACCUCAAACUUUGUAGACUUUAAUUUUAUAAUCCAGUUAUUCUUGUUUUCAAUAUGCAUUUAUUUUCAACUACCUCACUAAAAUUUUCCUCUUUGAUGUAUUUUAUACAUACUCACUUCAAAGAUUCAGCAUACAUAAGUUUUCAUUCAUAUAUGUAUUUAUUUACAUAUGAAGCUCUGCGCUCCAGAGCUGACUUAGCCAGCUCCUGUGCUUUGGAAAAAAGUGCCUUUGUAGUAGUUAACCAUAAAUCUCACUUGAGAGAACUGUUGGCUUGAUUUCUUGAAAGGAGGCCAUAUGUAACAUGCAUGUCUGAAUAGGCUUAUUUUUGCUUUUAAUACAGUCAGUUUCAGGUGUUUACCUGCCUGUCCCACCAUCUUUCAAAAACAACCAUUAACUCCCUACCAAAUUUCAAGAAAUUUAACAGAACAGAGUUAGCAUCAUUAUGAAGUUAGAGAGUUUAAUAAAAGUACAGGAUGGGUAGAAGAACAAGAACCUACUUGUGCUCAACACUAAAAAUAUGCUGAAAUGGAGCUUAUGUGUGCUCAACAAAUUCACAUGAUAGAGAAACAAUGAAAAUUGUAGAUGGAAAAAAGCACUUUGAUCAGAGACAUCUAAGAAUCAAACCACAACACAAACUCCUGGAAAACAGUAUUCUUAAGUUCCAUUGCUUGUGCAAUUACUUGCUUUUUUGCUGUUUCUCAUCAUUUACAUAUUUACUGCAAUCUUUUUUACUAUAUCAUUUGAUUCUGUGAAGCCUUAUGGGUUUCAUUUUGGGAGAAGACAUGGUACAAAUUCAAAUGCUGUUGCAUUUGUAUGAACAGAUUUCUGCUCAAAUGUCCCUGAGGCAAAGCAUGCAUUUUCAUUAAAAGAAACACUUGGAUUGCAUGCUAACAUUGCCUUGCAAAAUUUUUUCCAUUCAGUUGUGCAAAACUUGGAUCAGCAAAUUAUUCCUAAUUUACAGCCCCUGUCCUUUCAAAGACUAAGUAAAGGCAAUUAUCUCCAGAAUCAGGGAAAAGGAAGACAUAAGAAGUUCACAGAACAAAAACAAUUUCUAAGUUACACUAGAGAAAAACCCAGCAAACAACAAACAAAAAUAAAACAAACGAAAACAAACAGGGAUGUUUAAAAUAAUGUCUCUAAAAGAAACACAGCUUAUCAAGACUCCAAGUGUGGGAAAGGAAGAUAAGAACUAAAUUAAAAAAUGUAGGUCACCUCUAGUUUCUCUAAAGGAAGAUGAAAUUAAUUGACCUGUAGUAUCUCAUCCCAGUCAGUUUUGCAGUCUCAUUAGUUACAGAAGAAAUUACAAGAAAGCUCAAAAGUGAGUGUUAUAACUGAUAAGAAAAAAGAAUUUAUUCCAGUCUUCAGCAACACUCCACGCACAUUUCUCAGAGUAACUGAGUAUCUGCAAACUGCUCUGAAAUCCACUAUUUGGAAAUACUUGGUGCGUCUCAGAAUAAGGCCUUGUACUUUAAUCUUAUGCUGUCUUAGUCCUUGGGAGUAAAAACACUGAGUCUAUAAGGUACUGACUCAAGCAUCCAAAAUGAUUAAUAAGAAGCAUUUCUAAGCCAUCCUAGAGAACAUGUAUCUCAAGUGAACUGCAGUAACUCCAGUAAAAAGGUUCCAAGGAAUCCAGAAUCAAAAAAUGUCAAUUUCCUUUUUGUGAUCAUUUGUAUGUGUGAAAAAUCGCUUCCACAGAACUGCAAGUGUUUGUUCUUCUGUAUAAAGUACAUUUAUAUUUAAAAGAAAUCUGAUAUUCUCUUCUGUUUACUUAAGAAGUGUGGCCCAUAUACAGAGAAAGUAGAAAAGAUACUGUGUAAUUCAACUAUGAGCACUUCCAUAUAACAUAUGAUUGUACCUUAUGAUAACCAAAGUUAUGAAUAGCCCAUUGGGUAAUCAAAUCCCAAAAUGUUUUAAUGUUGAAGUGCUUGUUGAGAAAUAGAAAAUUAAUACAUUCCUAACAGUUUGUUUCAAUAUUCUGAGAAAGAGACUAUCACAGUAUUAAAUGGGAAAAUCGGGUAAAUCACUUGAUGGCAAACUAAAAAAUUUGCCCUGGACACUCAGAUUUAGUUAAGCUUUAGUUAAUUUUAUUUGAAAUACAACCAAGAUAAAGGCAUGAGGUUAGUUUACCAAGAAAAUAAACUUUUCUACAAUUUCAGCAUAAAAUAAAAAAGAUAAAGAAAGACCAAAGUCAUCAAGUGUUAGUCAGUGUAGCUUUAGUUACCCAAGGUCAUUAUUUGCUCACAGAAGAACUGAAUGCAUCUGCACUGAUUGAAACAAUAAGAAAAUAAUGAAGGAUGUUAUUUUAUUCUUCAGCUGAAGGUACUACAAAGUUAAAACCAGCCAUUAACAGAAUUUCAAGUUUCAAGUAGUAACUUGGGAGUAAGUGUUAAAUCUGAUAAAGUAAAUGAUAAAGUUUUGACUGACUUCAGUAGAACUGGGACUUCAGUCAGAAUGAAUGAGGGAGCCCCAUCAGCAUGGUAACUAUGGCAAUGUGACUAAGUCCAUUACAGCUAAGCAGGACAGAAGAAGUAAAAGACUCAGUGGUGCUUGUAUGAAUAAUUGCAAAAUUAUCAUCAUCUCAUGCUCAGGUGGGAAAAUAAGCUUCAGCACACUCUUCCUCCCAUAAAGUCAGCUUAAUAAAAGAAGUCAGAGGUAACAGGGUUCUCCUCUCACACCACUCCGCCAGAGACAGGUAGCCAGACCAGGAAAGGAAAAUUGUCUGCUUGCAGAGAACAAUCCUCAUUACAGAAUACUGAUACUCUGAAAGUCCAUAGUGCUCCCCUAAUCCUGUCAUUACUCCAAGAUGUAAUUUUUACAGAUACAAGUUGUUGCAGAGAUGUCAAUAGAAUUAUCUAUGUCAAUGUACUUAUUGCAUGUGUCCUCUUCACUGUUCAGACAAUUAUUGGAAAUGUACAGUUUGCUGCAAUAUCCUAACAUUACAUAUCCCCGAAAUGCCUACUGCAAUUAUGUACACCAGUUUUACUGAAACAAUUCUGGUCUAUGCUGAAAUCAAUGUGGAUUUAUUAUAGUGUGAGUACAUCUCUCUCAGAAACAGUAAUCCUAUGUCAGAGGAAUCACAGGAUCAAUAUUUAUUACAGCAGGUGAUGCAGCAUGCUGCAUUCCUGAAGAAGUUGAUGUAUAAACAAGAAAAAUACCUCUGUGGGGGUUUACCUUGCUGAGUGAAAAUAAACACUUAAAACUCUCCUGAUAUACA